CGGCGCGUGACUCAGCCCCCGUCCGCUCGCAGCCAGCACCGCCACCAUGACGCACCAAUACCCCGCGCUGACGGCCGAGCAGAAGAAGGAGCUGUCGGACAUCGCGCUGCGUAUCGUGGCCCCGGGCAAGGGCAUCUUGGCUGCCGAUGAGUCCGUAGGGAGCAUGGCGAAGCGCCUCAACCAGAUCGGGGUGGAGAACACGGAGGAGAACCGCCGGCUGUACCGCCAGAUCCUCUUCAGCGCCGACAGCCGGGUGAAGAAAUGCAUCGGGGGCGUCAUCUUCUUCCACGAGACCAUGUACCAGAAGGCUGACGACGGCACCCCCUUUGUCCAGAUGAUCAAGGACAAGGGCAUCGUCGUGGGCAUCAAGGUGGACAAGGGCGUCGUGCCGCUGGCCGGGACGGAUGGCGAGACCACCGCGCAGGGUCUGGACGGGCUGUCGGAGCGCUGUGCCCAGUACAAGAAGGACGGGGCUGACUUUGCCAAGUGGCGCUGCGUGCUGAAAAUCAGUGACAACACCCCCUCCGCGCUCGCCAUCAUGGAGAACGCCAACGUCCUGGCCCGCUACGCCAGCAUCUGCCAGCAGAACGGCAUCGUGCCCAUCGUGGAGCCAGAGAUCCUGCCCGAUGGUGACCACGACCUCAAGCGGUGCCAGUACGUGACAGAGAAGGUGCUGGCAGCUGUCUACAAGGCACUGAGCGACCACCACGUCUACCUGGAGGGGACCCUGCUGAAGCCCAACAUGGUGACCCCUGGGCACUCCUGCCCCACCAAGUACAGCCCCGAGGAGAUCGCCAUGGCCACCGUCACCGCCCUGCGCCGCACCGUCCCCCCCGCCGUCCCCGCCGCCGCCACUGAGGAGUUCGUCAAGCGUGCAGAGGUGAACGGGCUGGCGGCGCUGGGCAAGUACGAGGGCAUGAGGACCAGCAUCACGUCCCGCUACGAGAUGGUCUAUCGCAGCACCACGGCGCGGGAGGAGGCAGCGCUGGGUGCGGCUUCUGCGCGAGAGGCUGACACUGCUCUGCACCCGCUGCAGGACGCCUCGCUGGGCUCUCUGACCGUGUACGUGGUCCCCGAAACCUCCUCUCUCCUGCCUCAGGGCGUCAGCGUCUAUGUGGGGAAGCACCGCAGCGCCCUGGUGAGGGCUGGGGGGGGCCUGGCCCUGCUCUGGGCCAAGAUCUGUGCUGCGACGGCUGUGUGUUGGGGCACUGGUGCAUGGCCUCGUGUCGGGGAGGGCGAGGGAGGAGGGGGGUACGAGAUCACCUUCAGCCUGCUAAACCCCGACCCCAAGUCCCACGCUGUGGACUGGGACAUCGAGGAUGCUGUGAACCGCUACGUGCAGCCCAUCCUGGACAAACUGAGCUUGGUGGCCAACUUCUCUGUUGACUCGCAGAUCCUGUACUACGCUGUCCUAGGAGUGACGCCACGCUUUGAUAAGGAGUCCUCCAGCUUCCUCUUGAGCACCCACAGCCUCCCACACGUCAUCAACCCUGUGGAGGCCCGGCUGGGCUCAAGCGCUGCCUCGCUCCACCCCGUGCUGAACUUCCUGCUGUACGUGCCGGAGCAUUCCCACUCGCCCCUGUACAUCCAGGACAAGGAUGGAGCCCCAGUGAGCACCAACGCCUUCCACAGCCCCCGCUGGGGCGGCAUCAUGAUUUACAACGUUGAAGCCCCUGCUUCCCCCCAAGUCUCCCUCCCACUGCACGUGGACGUGGACAUGGUGCGAGUGAUGGAGGUUUUCCUGGCCCAGCUCCGGUUACUGUUUGGGUUGUCUCGGGAGGAGCUUCCCCCCGAGUUCCUGCUGGAGAGCCCGGGGAACGAGGGCCUGGCCGACUGGGAGCUGGACCGCCUGCUCUGGGCCCACACCAUGGAGAACAUCGCCACAGUGUCUACCACCUUGACCUCGCUGGCACAGCUCCUGGACAAGAUUGGGAACAUUGUCAUCAAAGAUGAUGUUGCCUCUGAGGUCUACCGAGCAGUGGCCUCGGCACAGAGCGCCAUGGCCGAGCUGGCCACGGGCCACCUGCACUCAGCUUUCCAGGCCAGCAAGGAGGCAGUCACCUCCUCGGAGCGGGCCUUCUUUGACCCGUCUCUUCUCCAUCUCCUCUACUUCCCUGAUGACCAGAAAUUUGCCAUCUACAUCCCGCUCUACCUGCCCAUGUCUGUCCCCAUUCUCCUCUCCCUGGCCAAGAUUGUGCGGGAGACCAGGCAGCGUAAGAAGGAGCCCACCAAGAUGGACUGA